CUUGAAAAACCAGCUGCAGACAAUCUUUUUAAAAAAAGGGCCUUCAUAAAAAUAUGACAAGCACGUACCAAAGUGACAACAAUGUGCUAGAAAAGGACAUGUUUGCUGGAAUAAUGACCAGUUUAUGCUUUCAUAAUGACCACAUUCUGUUAGCAGGACAUGGUCCUUAUUUAAAAAUAUACAACAUACAAACUGGAAAGAUACUGUGCAGUGAUUAUGUUAUGCAAGCUAAUCGCAUUCAUCGCAUUGUUCCAUAUCCAAAAGUAAUUCUGUCAGACUCGAAAACAGAGACAAGAAAAUUGGCCAUAUUUGGGUCAAAAUACUUAUCCAUUCUUACGAUCGAGGUGUCGGAUGAUAGUGCAAGAUGUACAGUUGAACAAUCAUUUGGACCUUUUAAAGACUGGAUCAUGGAUGCACAAUGGAUAAUUGAAGAUGAUGAUUCUUCGAUACAAAUGUCAAUAGUCUAUGCCCAUAAUUUCAUGGAAGUUGUAAGAUUGAAUGGAUCUGGAUCAAUAGAUGUGUUAUAUUCUGUUCAAUGUCAAGUUCGAUGUAUUCUAUAUUCAGCUCGUAUUUUUGGUACUACCAGAGACACCUUGACGGUUGCUUCAGGCACAGUAUUUAAUGAAGUUCAUCUAUGGAAGCCAUUGAUAAAAGACGAACAUGAUGACGCUAUUGUGUAUAAAAAGUUGAUUGGCCAUGAAGGCGUUAUCUUUUGUGUACGGUUUAAUCAUGAUGCAAGCCAAAUAGCAAGUGUCUCUGAUGAUAGAACCAUUCGUAUAUGGUCACUUGAAGAUGAAAGUAAACAACCUCUCAUAUUGUUUGGCCAUACCGCUCGUGUAUGGGAUUGUCAAUUUGUUGACCAGUAUCUAGUCAGUAUAUCCGAAGACUCGACCUGCAGAGUUUGGAAGAACACACUGCUGCAAGAGGGUGUUGAAGAUGAAGAUAAUGAGAAUGGCAGUGAUUGCAUUGCCUGUUGGGAAGGACAUGCUAGUAAAAAUGUAUGGAGCUGUGCCAUUAAUCCGAAACAUAAUGUUGUGGCAACCGGAGGACAGGAUUCAGGUAUCCGUUUAUGGUCUUUUGCCUCCAUCAAAAACAGUAGAAUCGACUCAGAGGAGGACCUCAACAGCUUUCCCUUGCCUGCAGAAAGGGGCAAGGAUUACGUACGCAAUUUUGCUAUGAUUAAAGAUCAGAUGUUAAUAGGAGCAACUACAGAAGGUUAUCUGUUAAAAUGUGAUAAAAGCAAGAAUGUCUGGGAAGAGAUUCAACAUGAUCCUUCGUACAAGAAUUACGCCAUCAUGAAAAGUUCAAAGUGUGGUAGAAUCGUGAUUAUAGGCAACAUUUAUGGUGAUUUGAUUGUGAUCAGUCCUGAAAAUAAGUUUGAACCAGUGAAAGUGCCAGCACACAAACAAAAGCUCUUUGAAAUCUUUAUUGAAUCAUCUUCAAAUGAAAAUAUCUUGUACAUAGUCUCAAACGGAUACAACGAAAGAGUUCUUUUCCAUGUAUUGGACCUUUCUGGUUCAAAACCUUCUCUUGAAACAUUGUACAAUAUUGAAAUGCCUGUCGAAAAGACAACCGUCUUAUCAAUUGGAAUUGUCGAAGAACACAACAUUCUUAUUUGUGGGUCUCGAGAAUCUGCCUUGUUGAUAUAUCGUAUACCAAGUUAUAGAGCCUCUUUAGAUCAUGCUGUUCAAAGCCUGAAAGCUUCUUUACAGCUCCGUCGAUCACACGGCCGUCAAGCUAUCACAAGUGUACUGGUCCGACCAAGGUCCCAUACAGACGAUGAUGAAGAGCAAGAGACAAACGGAGAUGUCGAUUUUUGGACAACAGGCCGUGACGGCUGUUAUAUCCAGUACCGUCUUUGUUUAUUAAAGGAAGCUUCAAAAAAGAUGCCUUCUGAUGCAGGCUGUACUGAAGUAGAUGAACAAGAAACACAGCUAGGUGUAGCUAGCAGAGGUGAUACUCUUGUCCAUAGCCGAGAUAUGACGCUUGAAAAAAUAUAUCGAAACAAGGUUACCAAGGGCACGUUGGAAGGCUCUUUAUUCAUAGACAACGAGGUUUUAUUACUUGGUUUCUUUAGAAAACACUUUUUUGUGUAUAAUGAAAAGAAAAACUUUGUUAUGGCCUCUAUCAACUGUGGCGGUGGACACAGAAGGUGGAAUUUCUUUGCAGGCGAUGCCAAACUAAACAAAUCAGCAUUUGCCUUUAUCAGAAAAGAAGUACUUUUUGCGCAUUUCAGGGAUAUUUCAGGUAUGGAUGAAGGAUUUAACGAUAGUAUACUUCAGCACAAUUACCAUGGUCGUGAAGUACGUGCUCUUCGAUUUCUUAAGCUGCCAUGUAAAGGUAUGAAAGAGCCAAGACCACUCUUAUUUGCCACGGGUGGUGAAGACACGAUCCUUAGGAUUCAGCAGUGUAUGCCAAACAGUACUUCUGGAUUUCAUACUCUUGUCAAUAUUCGUAAGCAUACGACGGUUAUCAAAACAAUUGACUAUAGCCAAGGUUCAUCUACUCUCUUGUUUACCAGUGGCGGUCUAGAAGAACUCCGAUGUUGGAAGGUUGAGGUGAUUUCGCCUAGGGCUGAACAAGAACCUGUACAUCUGAAUUGUCUUGAAAUGGCCAGCUGUCCUGCUUUAACAAAAGAUAUAGAAGUUAGAAUUAUGGAUAUAACAGCUUUUGCUAUUUCUCCCGAAUAUCAUAUCAUUGGAGCAGUCUACUCUGACUCUAUGAUUAGGGUUUGGCUGUUCAAUGAAGAUAGUAGAAAGUUUUCUCUUGUGGCAGAUGGUACUUGGCAUGCAAAGUGUAUACUUCAGAUAUGCCAUGUUCAAGUCGACGGACAUGUCUAUUUCUUUACUUCAGCUACUGAAGGAGGUAUUGCCAUGUGGGAUAUUCAUGACGAGUUACAGAGUGCUCUAGAAAAAGUUGAUGAACUGGAAGCUGAACCUACUCUUGCGGCGUUCAGACUAUCGGAGCCAUUAUAUUAUUACAGAACACACAUGUCAGGUGUAAAUGGAUUAGAAGCGAUUCCAUACAAAGAUAAGAAUCAUUUACUGAUUGCCACUGGAGGCGAAGAUAAUGCUGUUUCUGCAACUGUUUUGCAUAUUCAGGAUGAUAACACUAUAAAACCUAUUGGUGAUUCUUUUAUAAUUCCCGAUGCCCAUGCAUCCUCAGUUACAGGCAUCAAAUGCGUUGGUGAUGUCAUCUUUACUUGUUCUACUGAUCAACGGUUGAACAUUUGGAAAGUAAAUAAUAAUCUUGAGGAUGGCAGCGUUUCUCUAACACUAUCUGUUGCUACCUUUCUCGAUGUCCCUGAUCCUUCUGCUCUCGAUGCUGUGUCUUUAAAUGGAUGCAUUCAUGUAGCAGCUACUGGCAUUGGUUUACAAAGUAUUAAAUACGGUCAAUUGAAACAAUAAGAAUAGAAUGAUAGAAUUUUUAUUAUUUUUAUAUAUAUUGCUAAUAUCUCUUUCUCUACUUAUAUCGUUGCUGUUGUUGUUGUUUUAUGCAAAUGUUGAAAAAGCAUUUUAACCUUGACGCUGCUUAUGCUUUUUAUUUUUUGAACAUGUAACAAAAAGCUUUCCUCUUCUUCUGACAGUUGUGCAGCCAUCACAUAACUUCUUGACUGAAGAUCGAACCUUCAUUGUGCGAACAACAUUGUACAUAAUAGAGUUAUUAGUCUGUUGCCAUAGUGCCAAGGUAGGCUGUUGUUGUCUAGUGAAUUGUUGAAAUGCAGUCUUUGUGAAAUUUGUCAGAAAUGACAUUGUGUAUUGGCCUAGUAUAAAAAUCAAAUUAUGACAAGGCUAAGCAACCACUAUGUUAUAUAUAUUUUUUUUUC